AAUAAAGGUACUUUCUUUGUUGUCCCAUCCAUUUAUUGCACUCCUCACUCCUGGCCCACCACCUUCAUUUGUCAUACUCUUCUCAAGAUUGAUCAAUCAGUGUUGAAAUGUUUUUGUUUCAUCAUCAGGAUGGAGGCAGCCCAGAGUGGCGAGGCCAUUAGUGACAUCCACAACUACCUGGACACAUUCAACAAGGAGAUACAGACAGGAGACCAGGGACCCACCAGUGAUGUGGCCCAGGUGUUUGUGGACGAGUCCGGCCAAUACUUCUACCAGAAUGUGGACGGCAGCCAGCAGCAGAUGGUGGUGGUGUCAUCCUCUGACCCGGCUGAGGGCUCGGAGGGAGAGUCUGGAGGAGCAGACGGCUCCUCCGUGAUGCUCACCCCUGAGGAGGACUCCCUGCAUGAGGAGGGUGACAGCCUGUCGCAGGGCCAGGUGGCACUCGGGGAGGAUGGCACACUGCAGGUUAUUCCCAGCAUGCAGCAGGGAGAGGCCAACAGUCCAGUUGUUCUCAAUACAGGAGACAACAACCAAAUAGUCACCCUGGUUCCAUCUGCCACCAACCCUGGCGAGGUGAGCUAUGUCCUCAUUGUGGAGCAGUCCGGCGACACCGACAAGGAUGACACAGUGUAUGACUUCAAUGAGGCAGACGAGGGACUCAGCUAUGAGUCAGGUGAAGAGGAUGACAAAAAAAUGAUGCGUAUCAUCCACAAGAAGUCCCAGACUGUCACACAAGCCCACAUGUGCAACUACUGCAAUUACACCAGUCCUAAAAGGUACCUGUUAUCACGCCACAUGAAGUCUCACAGUGAAGAGCGGCCGCACAAAUGUUCUGUGUGUGAACGUGGCUUCAAGACGCUUGCCUCCUUGCAGAACCACGUCAACACACACACGGGCAUCAAGCCACACCGCUGCAAGUACUGUGAGAGCACCUUCACCACUUCAGGUGAGCUGGUCAGGCACGUGCGUUACAUCCACACUCACGAGAAGCCCCACAAAUGUCCGGACUGUGAGUAUGCCAGUGUGGAAUUGAGCAAGUUGAAGCGGCACAUGAGGUGUCACUCUGGCGAGCGGCCUUAUCAGUGCCCCCACUGCACCUAUGCCAGCCCCGACACCUUCAAGCUCAAGCGCCACCUCAGGAUCCACACCGGGGAGAAGCCGUAUGAGUGUGAGAUCUGCCGGGCACGCUUCACCCAGUCCAACUCCCUCAAAGCCCACAAGCUGAUACACACAGGUAACAAGCCAGUGUAUGCCUGUGAGCUGUGCCCAACAACCUGUGGCCGCAAGACAGACCUCAGGAUACACGUCCAGAAGCUCCACACCUCCGACAAACCCCUCAAGUGCAAAAAGUGUGGCAAAGCAUUCCCAGACAGGUAUACAUUCAAGCAACACAACAAGAGUCAUGAAGGUGAAAAGUGCUUCAAGUGUGACCUCUGCCCGUAUGCCUCCACUUCUGCCAGGCAUCUUGAAUCUCACAUGCUGGUCCACACUGAGCAGAAGCCCUAUCAGUGUGACCAGUGCGACCAGGCCUUCCGUCAGAAGCAGCUGCUGAAGCGUCACCAGAACCUGUACCACAACCCUGAGUACAUCCCACCCCUACCACGGGAGAAGACCCAGGAAUGUCCAGAGUGUGGCAAGGCAUUUAGGCACAAAGGCAACCUUAUUCGCCACAUGGCCAUCCACGAUCCUGAUGCCUCUGCCCAGGAGAAGGCUCAGGCUCUCAAGAUUGGCCGGCAGAAGAGGCUGCAGCUCAUCAAUGGCCAACAGGUGGAGAUGUACACAGGAGAUGUGGAUGAGGAUGAGAUCAUGGCUGUUGAGGGUCAAGAUGGCAAUCAGUAUGUGGUUCUGGAGGUCAUUCAGCUCCAGGAUGGAGAGGGCCAUGUGAUGAUGUCAGAUGGGAUCCCAGUGACAGACGGUCCCCUGGAUGGCACUGGUGUGGGAGGGGUCUUGAGUGCCUCCCCACUCAUGGUGCCAGAGACUAUAACUGGAGAUCCCAUUGCCACAGACUCUAUAGGCUCAGUGGAUGGAGCAUGCCUAGUGCCGGGCUCAACCCUUCUGGAGCUGCAACACAAGAAACCAACAGAGCUUAAGACAGAGGUGGUGGGCAGUGUGGAGGCCAAAAAAGAAGUGCAAAAGGAGAUGGAAACCUGCUUUGGCUUUGAUGAUGAAGAUGAGGGGCAGCAGAUUCAUCUAGAAUUUGGGGAGUAACAGUGACAGCUUGUGUCAAGACAGCACUGCUGUUCUUCUCUUCCUGGUCCUCCUCCUCCUCCUCCUCCUCCUCCUCCUCCUCCUCCUCCUCCUCCUCCUCCUCCUCCUCCUCCUCC